AGAGGGGGGAAAAAGUUGUGUCAACUUUUGUGACACUGGAGUGGAAACUUUCUGAGUUCAGACCCUCGGUUCAACAGCACCACCACCACCACCAUCAGCAACGGCGGGCGGCAGCAACAGCAGCAGCUCGGACGGGGAAGAUGGCGCGGCGCUACGGCCGUGCCACGUCUCGGUUUGCUCUAUAUCCAUCAACAUUUGCCGUUUGGUUAUGUUUUUGCCUACUUUUUGCCUCCGCUGCGGAGGCCGGACUUUACACCUCCUCUGACCAGAUUUUGCUGUUAACUCCGGAAAAUGUGGAGUCGGUUUUGGUCAACUCCACAGCAGCGAUAGUUGUGGAGUUUUACGCUUCGUGGUGCGGACACUGCAUUGCCUUUUCUCCGGUUUACAGAAGUCUGGCCGAAGACAUUAAAGAGUGGAAGCCAGCUGUGGACCUGGCAGCAAUAGACUGCGCUGCAGAGGAGAACAGGAAGGUCUGCACCAGCUACGGCAUCAGAGGGUAUCCUUCCAUUAAGUUCUUCCAUGCCUACUCCAAGGCUGAUUCUACUGGACAGACUUUUAGAGAUUUUCCCCGCGAUGUUCGAGGUCUACGUCACAGGAUCAUCGACAAACUAGAAACCCAUGAGGAGCCCUGGCCUCCUGCCUGCCCCCCACUGGAGCCCGCCAGCCAAGCAGAGAUUGACAGCUUCUUUGAGACAAACAAUGUCCAACACCUGGCUCUGGUCUUUGAAGAAGCUAAAUCCUAUAUCGGCCGAGAGUUGACCCUGGACCUGUUACAGUUUGACAACAUUGCAGUUCGGAGGGUCCUGAACACUGAGGAAAGUCUGGUGACCAAACUGGGAGUAACUGAGUUCCCAUCCUGCUACCUUUAUUAUCCGAGAGGCAACUUCACCAGACUCAAAGUCAACGUUGAGGCUCGUGCUUUCUACUCUUACGCCCUCCAGAGGCUGCCGGGUGUGGUGCGGUCAGGAAAGCCUGCACCGGUCACCAUAGAUGUCCUCACCAACAACACAGGGGACCCUUGGAGACCCUUCAACAGGUCCAGGGUGUAUAUGGCCGACCUGGAGUCAACACUGCACUACUCCCUACGUGUGGAGGUGGCUGCUCACACUGUCAUCAAAGGAAAAGCCCUGGUUUCUCUCAAGAAGUACAUCGCUGUCCUGGUUAAGUACUUUCCGGGCCGUCCUAUGGUGAUGAACUUGUUGAAGUCUGCAAAGUCUUGGCUAGAGAGCCAAGUUGGAGAUGAGAUUUCCUAUGAGGCAUUCAAAGAGAUACUGGAUAAUUCGGCACAGUCUCCAGACACUGCUUUGCCUGAAGGAGUGAGGUGGGUGGGCUGUCAGGGUUCACAACCCCACCUCAGACGUUACCCUUGUGGAGUGUGGACUCUUUUCCAUGUUCUCACUGUCCAGGCCAAGAAUGUUGGAGGCUCAGAUCCCCAGGAGGUGCUGAGUGCAAUGAGAAACUACGUCCACAGCUUCUUCGGGUGCAGGGAGUGUGCCGAGCACUUUGAGAACAUGGCGAGUGAAAGUGUAGCGGAGGUGGACACGUUGCAGUCAGCUGUCAUGUGGCUGUGGUCCAGACACAACCGUGUCAACAACAGACUAGCAGGUGCUUUGAGUGAAGACCCCAACUUUCCAAAGAUCCAGUGGCCUUCACCGGAAAUGUGUCCAACCUGCCAUAUGGUGAAGGCAAACGGGGAUCACAAGUGGAACUUGGAGAAGGUUCUCUCAUUCCUCCCGUUCUACUUCUCCUCCGACAGAAUCCUCACAGACUACCUUGAAGAUGAAAGCCAGAUCCUGACAAGACAGAGGGAAAAACAUGCCAGCCGGCAGCUAGCUUUAGAAACCGAGAAACGUUUAGAAAGGAAAGCCAGGGAGGCCUUGGACCUCAUGAUGCAUCCUGUAACAUCACAACCCACUGUGCAAGAAGAGGAGGAAGAACAGGAGGAGGGAGAGGAGCCACAGGAUGAAGCAGUGGCAGAUGAAGAAGAGGAAGGUGGGGAGGGAGCAGCAGCAGCAGCAGAUGAGAUGGGCGGCAAGACAUCUGAGCCGAAUCCCUGGGCCAAAUCUGAAAUGGAUGUCGGCCAAAGCCGGCGGCAGGCCCACAGAAAGCCGAGCAUUGUGGGGAUGAGGAUGCGAGAUGUGCAGGAGGACAUAGUGGAUCUCGACUCAUUUGUCAACCAGCACUACAAGGCCAAGGCGCUGCGGUUGUCUGCCUCAAGCCGGGUUAAACAACGCACCCUGCAGAGGAAAGAAGAGCAGGAGCCUAGGCCUGUGUUCGGGCUCGGCAUGGAGCUGGACGCUGGGCUCGGGAUGGUGGGCCUGCAGCCUAUGGAAACAGACUUUGAGCUGAAUGUGGGGCAGCAGAGGAAGCAGCUGCAAAAGCGAGAACUGACAGGCCGGUACUUUGGUGAGGAGUUGAACCACAGGGGACGCUGGAUGUCUGCGCUGAGCAUUGGAUUCUCCAAAGUAGACAUCAGCCUGUGUGUCAUUCUUUAUUUCCUGUCUUCUAUGUGCCUUCUCGCCAUGUACAUUUUCUUCAAAAACCGCCUCAGGCUACGGCGGGUUAAAAUGUCCCUGCCCUGAACCAAAGAGUAUCCAACUUUGACCUGAGUCACCUGAGUCAGAGCAACGAUUAACAUUCAUUAGGUUUACGCAGGCUAAGUUUGGGGUUAGUGUAAGGGGAUGUGUCGAGAUUAACGCCAUCCUUAGGUGGUCCACUUAACUGUCACCUACAGGCUAAAGUUUCAAGUUUAUUCCAAAUUUCGUGGAAUAAACUUGAUGCAUUAUGUCUAACUGGAGAGGAAGAGAAGGGAAAAUUAGCAGAUAACUUUCAAAAUCUUUAAAAAUCAGGGCAGUUAUGUAACCAUGCACUUAAUCCAGCCUCCAGAGCUGUUCAGGCAGCAACUCGACCGUGGAAAAUCUGUUCAUAUAGAUGUUUAAUUCAACAGGAGGGUUUCUGUUUGGGGUUUGUGCUUGAUUUAAUGAGUCAACAAUUAUGUUUUUGAUUCUGUUUGACCACUUAUGAAAGAUGAAAUUAAACCCAAUAUGAGAUAAAUUGGGUUUUUAACAUUUGAAUGAAAUGAAUGCAGCUAAUUUUUUUUUUUUUUUGGGGGGGGGGGGGGGGGGGGGGGUUACUUUACUAGGUUUUGUUGCCCUCCUACACUAAUUUCUUAUGUAUUGCAACCAAAAAAAUUAAGUUUCGAUAGCUAUUUGUAUAUAUUUACAUGUAAAUAAUAUUUGAUUUAAUUGAAUUAAAAUCUCAAAUAGGUGAUUAUUCUGUGAUUUCAAUAAAUAAUGAGAUCUGUUGCGUCUUAUAUUAGAGAUAAACUGUUUUCUUCCAUCCAAUCUGUCACCAGGACUUCCACCAGGAGUUCUUUCCUUACAUAAUAAGUGGCAAAAGAAAAAAUAAAUAAACACCCCAGGCCUUUGUGAAAAUUCUUUGUGAGCUCUUUACAAACUGUUGUGGAACUGCAGCAUAUUGUUGAAUACUGUGACUGGACCAGCAGGUCCACAGUAACUGUAACUUUCUCCAGAGAAGAGCAGAUCAGCCUUUUGUUCUUCAGCUCCUUCAAGAUGGUCUGUGUUACACUGAGCAUUAUAUCACAUCUUUGAAUAUUACAUCACACUGCUGAGCCCACAUAACAGCUACUCUGAUUGUUUAUGAAGUGUUGCGGAGCGGCGCAUAUGUUCACACUGGACAAGAUUUUAGAAUAAGCAGGAUUUGUUUUUUUGGCUGGUGUCCAUGAUGUAAAGCUUCUGCUGGUCAUCUCAAAAACACUGUGUUUUUCUGUUUGCUUCUUUGCCUCUGUCUGAAUCAAUAAAAUUAUUUUUGAUAAGGA